GCACCUGUAAUAGUAAUUACAUUUUUCCUCUCUUCGCUAGCAGUCAGCGUGGGUUGUUUAAAUAUACGUGUCUAAACAGAAGUUCUAUUCUGUGUCUUCUACGUUUUGUUCUUCAACAGUACAGUAAGAGUAAAACGAUGGCUGACAAACCAGAUAUCGCGGAGAUCUCUCAGUUUGACAAGACCAAGCUGAAGAAGACUGAAACAAAAGAGAAGAACACUCUUCCAACUAAAGAAACUAUUGAACAGGAGAAACAGUGUGAGGCAUAAACUCCCUUCACCAAGAGCAAGAUGUGGAGAACCGUGAGAUGGCAAGUCACCUGGAGCAGAUGAUGUCUUCCAACCACCAGUCACUAUAGCCCUAGGCUGGAGUGGAACGUUUGCCCUCAUAGUUUUAACUUGUGUAUCAGACCAUCCUGAAAGAUGACUGUCUUCAUGUUGAUGAUCACUGUAGUCCGAUCAUGUGUCACUGAAGAGGCAGUCAGCUUUGCACUGAGGCUGUCUAACUCUGUUCUUUUGUAAAUCCGUUGGAAUGAAGACUUCUAUUUGCCCUCUUUCUUCGGUGAAAUAAACCUCUCAAAUGAA